AUGCCUCCCGUCAAGCAAGUCUAUAGUCAACAACAACAACCCUCGAAUUGGGACAAGUUCAAAAUGGGUCUCAUGAUGGGUACCUCUGUGGGUGUAUGUACCGGUAUUUUGUUCGGUGGAUUUGCGAUUUUAACGCAGGGACCGGGCCCGAAUGGCUACAUAAGAACUCUUGGACAGUACAUUGCUGGUUCUGCAGCUACAUUCGGUCUAUUUAUGAGCAUUGGCUCGAUUAUUCGCAGUGAAGAACAGACACCACGUUUGCACGCAUCAAACACUCUUUCGUUGCAGCAGAGAGCUACUUUCCAAGCGUGGAAAGCCAGAGAAAGUUACGGACUGUACAGAAACGAGCUCAAGAAGCUUUGA